AUGGCUAAGUAUCGCCAUUUGCAUGAUUUUGCAACAAAGAAUUUGAGCAUCGGUAAUUUGGAUCUCUACAAGGUGAACGUGAUAUCGAUAUUUUCGGUGGCACCCGAUGUCAGACAAAACGAUUACUACUGUUGCUACUCUCCUGGCAACAGAGCAGGUAAUAAAAUGUCAACCCUUUAUGCUGAAACUUGUGAAGACCGAGCAUGCUUUGUCCUUAUGAACAGUUUUCAUAUAAGAGUUCCAUAUGAGGAUGAAGAUAGAAAAUUAAUUUAA